AUGCUUAUCAAAGAAUUAUCAACAUCAACAAAUUUGACAAUUAAAGAUGGUGGUAAAAGAACAAUAUUUCUCGUUAAACAAGUGCCACUUGUUGAUCAGCAAGGUGAUUAUAUCUCUUUACAUACUAAUAUGCGAGUGGGAAAAUAUUAUGGUGAAUUAAAUACUGACGCAUGGGAUAAACAAAAAUGGAAUAAUGAAUUCAAUUCACAUCAAGUGCUUGUAAUGACAGCUCAAAUAUUUCUUGAUGUAAUAGAACACAAGUUUUUCUUAUUAUCACAAGUAAAUUUAUUGAUCCUUGAUGAAUGUCAUCAUGCAACGGGUAAAGAUCCAUAUGCGAUUUUAAUGAACGGGUAUUAUGAUAAAUGUUCUCCUCAACCACGUAUAUUGGGUCUUACAGCAUCAAUAACAUCCAAAAAACUUAAGGCCGAUAAAUUUCGAGAAGUAAUGGAACUGUUGGAAACUAUACUAAGAGCACGCGUGGAAAGUGGAUCAUCUCGAGAGGAAAGUCGGGGAUAUGGAACCUCGGCACAUAUCAUGAAAAUUCGGUAUGCGCCAUACGAACAGAACACCGUACAAGUUGCAUUUGAAAUGUUAAAUACGAUAUCUUCUGAUAUUGAACAAUAUUGCACACAAUAUCAGAACAAACUCGAUGAACAACAACUUCAAUUAAGUGAAUUAAUCUUAUCUACCGAUUAUCGUCGUUCAAAUAUGUACAAUUAUAAUGUACAGUCAGCAAAGUAUAUGGAACUUCAGCAAUCACAAUGUAUUACUGUGCCAGCAUUAAAACGACAUAUUGAUAAUAUUAAACAUAUGGGCGACGAUUUAGGCUUAAUUGGACUUUAUUUAGCAUCGGUACAUUUGAAAAAGCAUUUAUGGUCGUAUUUGAAUGAUGAAUUAAAAAAUAAUGAUGAGUCGUCGAAAGAAUUGAUUACGAGUGUAUAUGAAAAAAUUAUCCUUCUAACAGACGUUUUGUUCAAUUUAAUUGAAAUAAACCCAACAAAUUACGAUUUAUUAUAUAGCAACAAAGUUUUGAAGCUAUUGGAACAUAUUGUUUUACAAUAUGCUCAAACAUUAUCAACGUGUAGUUAUGAUUCUUCUUCCUGUUCCAUGCGAUGCAUUAUAUUCGUCGAAAGGACAUGUACAGCCAUUAUUUUAUCUCAGUUAUUGAGUACGAUGUGUCAGAAAUUAUAUCCAGAAUAUAAUUGUAUUCAACCAAAGCAUAUAGCGGGAACUAAAUCAUUUGGUAUUGAGUUGCCCAUGAAUGCGAAAUAUCAACGCCAGUUAAUAAGCGAUUUUCGCACUGGAAAUAUCAAUGUUCUGAUAGCAACGUCUGUAAUAGAAGAAGGUUUGGAUAUUCCGCAGUGUAAUUUGGUUUUUCGAUUUAAUAAACCAAAUAAUUUCAGUUCAUAUAUGCAAUCUAAGCAAAAUGCAUCAUAUGUUUUAUUUAUGUCAAAUGAUGAUAAUUCAACUAUAAAAGAAGAAGCAGAAUACCAGGAAUAUGACAAAAUUGAAAAAAUGUUAAAAGAUGGAUUUCACGAUCGAUCAAGUGAUUUCAAUAAUGAUGUUGAAGAAGCUGACACACUUCCACCUUAUGUAACAGAUAAAGGUAUUAGGAUUGAUGCGACACGGGCUGUUCGGCUUAUUCACGAAUAUUGUGCAACGCUCGGUGGUGGACAAAUAUUCCCAAUAAGAAUUUUAUUUAACGGUAUAGGUCCGUUUACAUGCGUUUUAACACUGCCAGCUAAUUGUCCAAUUCGGAAAGAUGUCAUAUGCACAGACAAAAGCAAAAGUUUAGCAAAAUAUCGAUGUUGUUUAGCCAUGGUGGAAUUGUUGUAUGAGAAGGGUGAAUUCAAUGAACAUUGUUUACCUCGUAGAUGUAAGAUGGAAAUGAAUCCAUCAUUUGAAGAACAACUGUUUCGACUAUGUGAUAAUUUAUUUGACAAACGCAAUGAAAGUACUCCACAAAUAAUCGAUAAAAACAUUGCUAAAUUGUCUAUACAAAAUAAAAGCGAUAAUUGUUGGCAUUUAUAUCGAAUAAUAAUCAGUACACAAAUGGAAACUGUCUUCAGUCAUGUACUAGGAUUUGCUGUACCAUGUAAAAUGCCUAACUUACCAAGGUUUAAUAUAUAUGACACAGACAAUAUAUACAUCGUUGAAGUUGUCUAUGCCGAAGAAAUUAAUUAUAAUGAAUAUAAAAACGAAUUUGAGACAUUUUGUCGAUUUUUAUUUGAAAAAGUUUUUAAUUUUGAUAAACAACAGUUGAAAUAUGAUGCAGACAAUUCGUCUUAUACAAUGAUGCCUUGUUUAUUAACCGAAUGGAAUACAAUCGAUAUUAAUCGUAUGGCUACGAUAUGUCAACGAGCAGAAAAACACGUAAAACACUAUACAGAUUUGAAUGAAGAUGAUGUUUACAUGUAUGAACCGCCACUUUUUCAAGAAGAAAUUUCACAACAAUCGAAGAAACAAAAAAUAUCCUAUGUUCUCUGUACGAACGAAUGUCAAAAUCAACAAAAAACUGCUUUUGAUAAAGAUAAUAGUGGUAAAAGAUUUAUUGACUAUUAUGAAGAGAAAUAUAAAAAUUUAAAACUUAAUCAUCCUGAAUGGCCCAUGGCAUGUGUACAAUUUUUUGGUAGAUUGACAAUUAAUUUUUUAUUUCGUGAUAAUGACAUUACUAGUAAGAAAAAACGAACAACGAAACAUGAAGCUAUGUAUAUUCCAGUUGAAUUAUUAACUUAUGGUCUUUUAAACAAAAAAGAUUAUCAAUUAUUCAAUAAAGUGCCAUCAAUAUUUACUCGUAUUACACAAUUAUAUCAUAUUGAAAAAUUACGAAAACAUAUUUGUGAUAAGCUUAAUCAUUACAAACUAUUGGAUGGUCAGCAAAUGGCUACUGUAAAAUUUCGAGACUGUUUAUCGAACGAUAACGUUGACACUAAUCAAAAUCAUACUACAACAGUACAAACGUUCGAGCGGAAAUAUUUACAAUUACCUCUUGUUGAUCUAACAUAUGAUACAUUGAUAUCGACAACAAAUAUAAAUGAUGCUGAACAGUUGACAUCUGACAUAUUAUUUCAAGUUUGUACACGACAUUCAACUGGUGAAAACACUGAUAUGGAAAAUUUAGAAAUACUGGGUGAUUGUUUUUUAAAAUUAGCCGUAUCAAUGUCAAUGUAUUACAAAAAUCCUCAAGAAAAUGCUGGUUAUUUAACCGUGGCAAAAACAAAACUCAUUUCAAAUGCCACAUUAUAUCGAUGUGUUAUUAGAAAAAAAUUAAAAUGUUAUUUGUAUGCACAAAAAAUUGUUUAUCGUGGUAAAGAUGCCAACUGGUUGCCGCCUGGUUAUAUAGUUAACGAUGAUAAUUGUAAUAAAAUGAUCGAUGAUGAUGAUAAAAAAAAUGUUUAUACAUUGGGUUCAAAAUGUUAUACAAAACAAGUUACGAAAAGAAAAGCAUUUGCAGACAUGUUGGAGGCUAUGAUUGGUGCUACGUUAAUCACGAGUGGAUAUGGUUGUGCAAUGAAAUUGAUGGAAUGGUUAGGUCUGAAUGUAUUUCCAAAAGAUGAGAACGAUUCAAUUGCAGCUUUACCAUCGAUUAUUUGCUGCGAUCAUUCUGAAGCAAUAGAACAAUUAAUCAUAUCAUUUUAUGAAAAAAAUAAUUUUCAAAAUGUAGAAAAAAUUUUAAAUUAUCGAUUCAAAAAUAAAGCCUAUCUUAUUGCUGCAUUUACACAUCCGUCGAAUUUUGCCAAUCGUCUGACUCUAUGUUAUGAACGACUCGAAUUUUUGGGUGAUGCAGUGCUCGAUUUUCUGGUAACAAGAGAAAUAUUCAUGAAGAACAAAACAAUUACUCCAAGUACCGUUACUGAUAUUCGUCAAGAUUUAGCAAAUAAUGGUCGUUUAGCCUAUAUUUUCGUUGCGCUUGGUCUCUCUCGGUACAUUUUACAUCAUUCUACAACGUUAUUUCAACAAAUAUCGUCUUAUGCACAACUUGAACAUUCUGAAACGUUACACGAUCGUUUGGAUAAAGACAUUGCUGCAUACGCAGAUGCAACUGCUCCAAAAGCACUCGCCGACGUCUUUGAAGCCAUCGUAGGUGCCAUUUUUCUUGAUUCUCAGAAUUCACUACAAACAGUAUGGCGAGUGAUAGAGCCAUUUAUGCGAAACUAUAUUGAAAAAUCAAUCAGUAGUCCAAAUUUGAAUCCUGUAAGAUAUAUUACAGAGUACGGAGGAAACAUAAUUGAUUGUGGUUUAAAUGAACAAAAUCUUGCACAAUACAUAGUAAAAUUAACGGAUGAUAGAACGUAUGAAGGAUGUGGAAAAAACAAGAAAAAAGCGAAGUUUAAUGCGUGUCGUACAGCGGUGGCUGAUAUAAUGAUCAACCAACAAUCACAAGCUUAA